AUGAAACUUUUCUCCACACCAUUUGAACUCGACUACUACGACGAUUCUGGAAAUCCAUACAUGGAUGACAUUUCUCCCCUUAAGGUGCCUGAAGAUACUAAACUGGUGCUUGGGCUCAACAAAUAUUCACACGACACGACGCUCUGUGCUGCCGACAUCAAGACCGGUAAGGUCCUGUUCGCUUUAUCAAAAGAGCGACUCUCGCGCAAGAAACACGACGCCGGUAACGUGGCUACUUUGGUAGAAUCAUGCUUGAAGUGUUUGAACUUGGAUUACGAUGCGAUUGAAAAGGUGGUCAUGAACAAUCACCAUCACCGAAUCCUUCCUUUAGAAGAAUCACGUGAACAUAUGGAAUGGGAAAGUGGUCUAGGUAUCAAUGGUGGGAUUGAAAGCGGAUACGAUGAUGAGGAAAAUUUGUUGCUAGAUGCAGAUCGGGCAAGUUUUAUUUUUACGGAGCUGUCGCAUCAUUUGGCACACGCCUACUCGACAGCAACACAGAGUCCAUUUGAUUCUGGUCUGGUGGUAGUAAUGGAUGGUAUGGGCGAAACCUACAGGACCAUGCUGCGGGGACAAAAGACAAAGGAUCCUACUUAUGUCAGUGAUUUCUCAUUUGGAGAGGAUAGUUUCCAAAUCAUUCCCAGUAAUUUGCAAGAACAGAGUCAGAUUAGCUAUUUUGACUGGAGGGAAGCAGAAAGUGUUUAUGUGUAUACAAAAAAGGAGAACUCCAUAGAUUUGAAGCCAAUCUUUAAGCGCUUCACGCCAGAAAGAUCACCACCUUCGCUCUUUAAUCAUGGAUUUGAAAACAUGGAUAGUGUUGGAGCUCUCUAUUCACGAGCCUCGUCUCAUAUUUUUGGCGACUGGAAUGCUUGCGGCAAAGUCAUGGGGCUAGCUCCUUGGAUGGGUAGUUCCUGGAAGGACGGAGAUCUCGUUCAGCGCCCAGUGGAAGAGGAACGUCGGGUCAUGUUUGGAUCUUUAUAUUCCGAGGAUGACGACAAGAAAUUCCAACAAGACAAGAGCGUUAUCUCGGGAAUGCCUCUAAUAUCUCGUAUGGACGCAGAUUUGUUUGAUGAGGACGGAAAUCUAGUAAAGAAGCGAAGAUAUGAUUUCGAUGAUGACGAAGGUCUGAAGAAGCAGGAUGAUGGAAAUGAAGUCCAAGAGAAACGAUUGCCAACAAAAGUGGCUCUCGACGCUAUAUCACUAGCCCACCGCAUCCAAAUUGAUCUGGAAGCUAUUGUGAUUGAUUUCGUCAAACAUUUCAAAGAACAAACAGGUGAAGAGAAUCUAUGCAUUGCUGGGGGAGUGGGAUUAAACUCUGUAUUGAAUGGGCGUCUAUCAAGGGAGCUAGGCUUCUCCAACACUUUCAUCACUCCGUACCCUGGUGAUGACGGGGUUGCUGUUGGUUGCUGCGCUUUUGGUCUGUUUGGUAAUGGUCUUCUUGAGGAGCAAAAGGAGACGGAGGAACGCCCGCCCAUCUGGAAAGAGCCUCUUUCUCCGUACCUAGGCCCCGCACCGACUGAGGCUGCAAUCAAGGCUGCCAUUGAGGCUGCCGCACCAUGGCUUCAAGUGGAAGAAGUUCGUGAUGAAAGUUCGAGACUCGAGCUCGCUGCCCAAGAAAUUGAAUCAGGUGCAGUCAUCGCGUGGUAUCAUGAUCGAUCAGAACUUGGCCCUCGUGCAUUGGGACAUCGCAGUAUUUUGGCAGAUCCUCGGAAAAAGGGCCUCGUAAGAUUCAUCAACCAGUACACGAAGAGCCGCGAGAGUUUUCGCCCAUUUGCACCAAGUGUACUUGCAGAGUAUGCUGACGACUGGUUUGAGCUAGGCGAUACAUCGUCUGAUUCCAACAAGAGUCCGUACAUGAGUUUAACUGCAAUGGUCCGCGAAAAGAAGAGAAAGUUGAUUCCAGCUGUCACUCAUGUUGAUGGCUCAUCCCGCCUGCAGACCGUAACUGCAGAAGCAGAGCCAUUGUACCACAAGCUUAUCUCUAUGUUCUAUGAUUUGUCCGGAGUUCCCCUUGUGUUGAAUACAUCUUUCAACACGAUACCUGGCGAACCUAUUGUUGAAAGUCCAUCUGAUGCUAUCCGAAGUUUUUUGUGCUCUUUCGGAUCUGUAGAAACGCUUGUCAUGGGAGACUACGUCAUCAAGAGGAAAACUGCUAAUCUAAAAACAUUACUGGGAGAGGCCGACAAGCGUGAUAUGGAGAUUGUCACAGAAGCAUUGUGCCCGAAGCGAGUUGGACCCUGUACGUUUCAAACGAUUACCGAAGCUGAUGCCGGGACUGUCGACCCAGAGUCAGUUGUCAGUAAAACUAGAGUUCGAAUGCCAGCACGCCCCAUGCACCAUGAUGGGGAUGAGUGGUUUGAGAUUUUGGACGAGUUGGAGGGCGAACUCUUAUCUGUUUGUGACGGUACAGCCACUUUGAGCGACAUCUUUCAAGAGUACACGGCCAUGGAUGAAGACGAAGAAAUGGAUAAGGAACGCGUCGAAGACGUCGAAGUACUUCUACAGAACAUAGUCUAUCGCCUUGUCCGUCUGUAUGAAAAUACACUGGUUUCUUGGUAA